CGAUACUUUGAACGUUGCGUUUCUGAUUUGCAGGAAGUCUGUUUAAAAAAAGAAAAAUGGGUGGUAGUAUGACAAAAAUUUUACCUGGUUUAUAUGUUGGUGGUUUUGAUAAUGCUAAAAAUGAAGAAGAAUUAAUGGCUAAUUGUAUAUCACAUAUUAUUAUUGUACAAAAUUCAAAAAAUGACAUUGAAAAAUCGAUCAGUCGUCAAUAUCUACAUCUUAUUGUCAAUGAAAAAUUAGAGAAUAGUUUAUUAAAACAAAUUCCAUUAUCUAAUGAUUUUAUUCAUCAAGCUCGUUUGGAUAGUGGAAAUGUUUUAGUGUGCAGUGAUUCUGGUUUGUCAGCUAAUGUCGCCGUAGUUGCUGCUUACAUUAUGACAAUUUAUGCGCUGGAUUUUCAUUCAGCCAUUCGUACUUUACGUAAUUUACGUUAUACUGUUUAUCCAGUGGAAUCGUUGCAAAAACAAUUAAUUGAAUUCGAUUGUAGCAGUAAUAAAACUGUUGAUAAUCAAAAUCAUCCGAAUGAUCAUCUCACAACACCGACUAUCACAUCUGCAUCAGAACAUGACCGAUUGAAUUCAAUCUAUGGUGAAUGGCCAUAUUUGGAAGAAGAUUUACAAAUUCUUUAUGCUGCUUUAAAUUCAACGGAUGAUAAUGCAGAAUUUCUAUUCCAUAGUGAAAUUGAUAAAACUCUACCAAAUAAUGUUGUUUGUACUGACAAUCCCACUGAUGAUAAUCAUAAUAAUAAUAACGAUAGUAAUCCGACGAUUGUUACUACUAAUAGUACCACUACUAGUAGUAUUAGUACGAUUACAAAUGAUCAUAGUAUUAAACUUGGUGUACAUACUGUUACUGCUGAUGACCAUGUAUCAUCACCUCAACGUGUUGUUAUUCAAUCUCAUUCAACACUGUUGCAUCAACAACAAGACGACAUAUUAGUUAGUAAUAAUAAUAAUACUAGUAAUAGUAAUAAUGGCGCCAAUCAUGCUAUUGACAAUGUUAUUAAUAAUAUUGGUGAAAAUGUUUUAGACAGUAGUAGUAUACCAUUUGUAACUGUACCCAUUAAUGGUGUUCUUGUAGAAGAUGAUACCAUUGAACAGAGUUCUGUAAAACCAUCAUCUCCAACUGAAUCGGAUGUAUUCAUUGUGGAUUCAACACAGCUGCCUGAAAAUUGUAAACAUCUUUCCAAUCGUCGUGAUGAUAAUGAUGAUGAUGACGACGACGGCAGUUCAUCAUUUCAAAGUGAACACUCCUUGGAAAUUGGUUUUGAAAUAAAAGAUGAAACAGAUGACAAUAUACCUGGUGCUAUUGAAAUACCAAUUAUUGACUCUUCUACACAAUCACGUAAUCGUGUUGGCACAGCUCAUACUUACAAUCAUCAUCAUCAUUAUAGUCGAUCUAACAAUCUAAGUCAUAAUAGUCUUCACACUAACAUUGUUGCACAUAGUUUAUAUCCUUGUAACACCGAAGAUAUAAAUAGUAGUACUACUAGUAGUAAAUUUAUUUAUCAACCAUUAUGUUCAAAUAUGAAUAAUAUAUGGAAUUCUUACAGUAAUAAUAAUUAUUAUUAUAAUGAUCGAUUUAUCCCAAUGCAUACUACUACUGAUCAUUUAAAAAAUUAUUCAAAUUUAUCAACUACUGCUCCAAAUUGUGACAUUUAUUUUAAAACUUAAAUUUUAAUAUAAAAAAAAUAAUUCAUUGUUAUUAUUGUCUUGUCUUGUGUUGUGUUUUUUUUCUUCGAUUUAGUCAACUA